CUGGCUAUUUUAAUGUUCCAACCUCGCUACGUUUCGACCAUGGGUUUUGGUCCUUUUCAAGCGAAAAAACUAUGCAAAGUAAAAGGUGCUUAGAUUAAUACAUAAAUGUCGAAGUCGUGUAUGUUGCGUCAAUAGAUAAGGAAAUUUUAAAUAUAUUAUUUAACCUUAUAAGAUUAAUAUAAAAAACCAAAAUAUGAUUAAGGCACAUACCCUUUAUUCUAUUUUAUAAAUCUUAAAAAUAUUCAUAUAUAUUAAUUAAAAUUUUUUUUUCGAAAUACAACAUAUGCGUUAUUAUGUGUGUUUGCAUAGUAUACUGCACAGUAAAUAAAAGCCUAUACUAUUGUGUAAUAACUUUGGGCCAUUAAGAAGCACAAAAGUGUAUAUAAAAAAAUUAAUUACAUACCUCGGUGGUCGAAUUGGUGAAACGCCCGCUUAGUGAGAAGGAGGUCCAUGUUCAAACGCUGACUGAGGCAAAUUUUUCGCAAUAAAUUUAAAAAUUAAAAUCAUUUAGACACUAACAUCUUGGCUCUUAUAUCCUUUAUUACUUCGUAUUCGUGACUGUACGAGUAUCUGAAAAAUAAGAAUGGCUAAAUUAUUAGCAAAUAAAUACAAAUAUUAACGAGAAGUUAACGAGAAAAUAUUGAAGUAUAACGCCAAACGAAAUGCACAUUCUGGUUGGUGAAUUUGUGGAUUGAUAAGAAAUAACGUUGUAGUCAUGAAACAAGAAAAAAAUAAACGGCCGAUAUCGACAAUAAGGAGAUAAUAAUAAGUCGAAUAAUAAAGCAGACAGUUACACGCAAGAGUCGCGUUGAGUCUCCCCGCAGUUUAAAAUUCAAUAAAUAGAGUAAUGAUCAUACUCGCUGGAAUCGGUGAUAGAAUUAUUAAAUAAACAAGGUUCAAGAGGAAUAUGUGAUCGUAAUACUCUGAUUCAAGUGUUGGUGUCCAUUCGCAAUACAGAGUAAUGUUUCUUUCGAGUGUAAUCUACUUGUAAUUUUUGCAACACAGCCUCGCAAAAUGCCUAAGAUUUCUAUCUUCGUCACUUUGCUAUUUUUUAUCAUGGUAUAUAGUGGCACCCCUCCAUGCUCGGAAUACUAUACAUAUUCGAUCAAUUCUACGACAAAGAGUAUAUUAGGACAAAUUGCAAUUCCACCUCCACCAGAAAACGAUGAAUUUUAUUUAAAGGUAGUCUUAGAGACUAACGCUGAUUUAAGGAAUGGGAUGUUUCGAUUGGAGUUGUUACGAUCGAUAAAAAAUUCCAUUCAAGCUAUCCAACAAGGCAGACCUUUGUUAUACCGUGUUAAUUUUCCUACCGGGGAAAAUUUUCCAAUAGUCUCAGCAAUAUGGUUCAAUAAUCACCAAUAUUGUCUUGACUCCAAAGCAUCGAGUGGAAAAGUCAACACUAUCAUGUUGGGACAUAUUGUGUAUCCACCAAGUGAAGAGUCAAUUUCGAAAUAUUUUCAGCCGUGGUAUCGAAAUUCGAGCAGCUACCAAUUGUACAAUCCGGUUAAUAAUAAUCCGCGUAAUAUUAGUAGUAAUAGUACUAUUAAUGAGGAAUGUGGUGUCACCAGUUACUAUACCGAUAGGACAAAUAACCUGGUACCCAACUGUGAGUACUCAUCACCAGGCCAAUGGCCGUGGGUGGCGGCAAUUUAUAUUCUAAAAUCAGAAGGAACGACCAAAUUUAGGUGUAGUGGUACCUUUAUAUCAACUAAACAUAUUAUAACAGUGGAGUCUUAUAAGACAUUGAAGCGUUUGGGUUACGACACUAUGGAAGUUCCCGACAAUAUGUACGCAGUCUUUGGACAAUUUAACUCACGUCAGUGGCAUGGGACAGGAACUUUUAAUCGCCAGAUCAUUGACUAUGUUUAUAAAACUGUAUAUAUUACUAAAUUUUCUACACGUAAAGUUAGGGACAAGUAUUAUCUUGCGAUUUUUACCGUCGAGUCGCCCAUCGAAUACAGCCCGCUCAUCAAACCUAUUUGCUUAUAUGAAUGGGGCGGAAAUGACAGUUUUGUGGACAUCGUUUAUCAGACAGGAUAUAUAGUGGGAUUUGACAGGAAUGUGUUCGAAGAACAAAACAUCAUCGAGGAACCACGGAUGGCAAGGGUGACGCUACUAGAUAAAGCUGACUGUGUCGCGAAUAACCAGAAUGUUGCAUCCAAGAACAGAUUCUGCGUCCAAAUGCAAAACGUGGGGCGUUCUUGCUACGUUGACACCGGGAGCGGACUGGUGCUCAGUGUCGAUGGCCGUUAUCUAUUGCGGGGCAUUGUUCUGAAAAAGUUAAUAACAUCCUCGUCAUCGCCUGUGUAUGUCACCAUCGAUGUAGCUAAACACCUAUAUUGGAUUGUUAAUUCAACGAUUCUUCAACGAAUCGACUUCAAGUUUGUUAGCGCAUGGUAUAAUUCACAUCAAUCCACGAUCGCCCUGCGUUAACAUGGGGCGCUGACAUCUGUUGUACAUUGACAGUACUCGUACUACUAACGCCCGCCAUUACUACUACUCUGUACGUCGUCGAGCCCGCGCUUUAUUAUCCCGCCUGCGCUUUAUUCUACUGUAUCAAUAAACGUGUUUAAGUGCA